AUGGCCCUUUUCCAGCGGAGGAGGUCGGAGCUGCAUAGAAAAUGCCUGCUGUAUCUUCAAGCAGAGGAUUACGACUCCCCCGGAAAUGGAGCCUCUUGUUGGAACGAUCAAGCGACAGCCUAUAUUAAGGGUGCCUUUUAUGGACGGGGAAUUGGUCCAAUAUUUGCUCAAAAGUUUAAAUGCUAUGGAAACGAGCAACAUAUCAAGGACUGCAAAUUUGAUGUUAAUAUACAGUGUACACAUGCUAGGGAUAUAAGCAUUGUUUGCACAGAAUGUGGCAAAAUUGAUAUAUCUAACGGAUACGCCAAGUCAAUAUCAGAGGAUGGAAAGGUACUUACUGCAGCAUGUAAAACUGGGUUAAGGUCAAACAUUGACACAAGUGUCUGUGAAGCAGGGAUAUGGUCUGUACCGUCAAUAUAUUGUACUGUAACAGCAGAUAUCACAGACAUUCGGCUUGUUAAUGGCAUUGGACUGUACGAUGGUAGAGUUGAGGUACUGAUGAAUGGAACUUGGGGAACAAUAUGCAAAACGUCAUUUUCAGUACUGGAAGCAGGGGCAAUAUGUAGAAUACUUUUUGGUGCAAGACACUGGUAUCGAACAUUUUAUACGACUUCCAACGUCUAUGGAGCAGGAACAGGUCCUAUUCAUAUAGACAAUCUUGACUGCAAAGGUACGGAGACAGAUCUAAAUACGUGCACAUAUAACCCAGAUGUGUCAUGUACAAAUCAUAGUCGGGAUGUAGCUGUUGCUUGCAAAGUGUUUCCUUUAAAUAUUACCAACACAAGACUCGUAAAUGGCACUGGAACAUACGACGGACGUAUCGAAUUACAAGUUGAUGGUCACCACUGGGGAACAAUAGAUAGAAGAUUUGUAGAUUUAUAUGAUGCCCAGACAAUCUGCAAAACACACAAUGCAAGCUUAGCCGUGUAUUUUAACACAGCAAUAUAUGGGAAAGGAACUGGGCCAAUUCUGACACGUGAAAUGAAUUGUUAUGCAGAAAAGAAUACCAUAAAUAGCUGUACAUUAUAUGCACCAUAUCGUUCUGGAAGCUCUCACCUGUACGACCUAUCCAUAGCUUGUACACCUUGUGGUUUACCAGACAUUUAUAAUGGUUAUCCAGAAGCAUUCAAUGGAACCGAAUUAACAGUGACAUGCCAUACAGGAUUCUACCCAAACCAGAUAAAAAUGAAAUGUCAGAAUAAUAAUAGUUGGUCUGAGGAGCAAAGAUGCACUCCACUUCAUGUGUUUCCACUCAAUAUAAGUGACAUCCAGUUAAAGAAUGGUUAUAGACCUUCCGAAGGACGUGUUGAAAUUUUGGUCAAUGGAACGUGGGGGACAAUUUGUGACACUAAUUUUGAUUCUGCAGAUGCAACAGUUAUUUGCAAAAUGUUUGGACUAGAAUAUAGCAGUUUUAUCAUAAAGGCCAAGCAUUACAGCGGAAAAGGCAGUGGUCCAAUAUACGUCGACAAGUUGAAUUGCACGGGAACAGAAUCUCAUAUAAACCUUUGCAGUUAUGAGAUUUCAAAUCACUGUACCCAUUAUGACGAUGUAGCUGUUGUUUGUACAGGAUAUCAGUUACCGAUAAAGGAUAUUAGACUUGCUGGUACUAAUGGACCAUAUCAUGGGCGUGUUGAACUAAAGGUCAAUGGUACAUGGGGAACAGUAUGUCAAGAUCGAUUCUACGCGUACAGUGCAAGGGCCGUAUGCAAAAUGCUGGGCUUGACAUACAGAGGUUAUUUUUACGGAGCUAGAUAUGGUCAGGGUAGUGGGCAGAUUUAUGUAGAUAGACUUGAGUGUCCAGCUUCGACUAAUACUGACUUCCCUCCAUUAAACGACUGUAAAUAUGCUGUUGAUAACUACUAUAACUGCGGCCAUAAUAAGGAUGUUUCUGUAAUGUGCUACGGACCAACCUUAAACAUUACCGCUGCACGUAUAGUCAAUGGAACUGGCCCAUAUGACGGACGCGCGGAAAUCAACGUAAACGGUAUAUGGGGAACGAUUUGUGAUCAAAACUUCAAUAUCAAAGCUGCAGAUUUAUUCUGUGAUUUGCUUGGACUAAGGGCAGCACAGUAUUUUACUGGUGCUAUAUACGGCGAAGGAAGUGGUCCAGUUUUCAUUGAUCAUCUCUUUUGUGAAGAUAAUGAUUAUUCUCUCAGCGGCUGCAAAUAUUUGUUCCUGAAUGAGUGCAGUCACGGAAGAGACAUAUCUGUUGUUUGCAAUGAGUGUGGACAACCAGAUAUCUACUUCUGGGGUGUUGAUUUCUUCACCUACCACGGAACUACUUUGUUUGCGGACUGUUCCUACUAUCGGACAUACGUUGGAAAGCUUAAACUGACGUGUGAUAACCAGACACAAACCUGGAUCAAAGAGGGAGAAUGCCAAGAAUAUAGUUUCCCAUUGGAUGUAACAGAAAUAAGGAUGGCUGAUGGUCCAAAUUCAACAACUGGAAGGGUCGAGCUGAAAUCAUUUGAUACAUGGGGAACAGUAUGCGAUGAUGGUUUUGGAAUGCAAGAGGCUAAUGCUAUUUGUAGCAUGCUAGGAUACCCUCCAGCAGUAGCGUAUUAUGCCGGUGCCCAUUAUGGACCAGGCACAGGGCCAAUAUUUGUGGACGAUCUGAGCUGUGAGAGAGACGCAUCACAUAUUAACAACUGCUCCUAUAUUACAUAUGACAACUGUAACCAUGACAAAGAUGUUUCUGUUGUUUGCACAGGCUCGUAUUAA